AUGGAGGGGCGCGAGGAGGGCGCGUGCCCGGCCAGCGCAGACCCGCCUCCGCCGCCCCCCCAAGCACCCCUGCAGACGCCCCUGCAGGCUGCCAGCCGGACGGAGGGGCGCGUGGAAGAGGGCACAUGCCCGGCCAGCGCAGACCCGCCCCCGCCGCCCGCCCGAGCACCCCUGAGGACGCCCCUGUGGACGCCCCUGCGGGCGGCGAGGGCGGUAGGCGGGUAA